GGAAAGGCAACCAUGCAGUGAGAGGUUUUCUUUUCUUCUUUACGCUUGUAUCGGGGUGGCUUUUUAUCGCGUGUUUCUGAAUGGUUAGCGUCUUAAGCUAACUCCUCCGUAGGAAACAAUGAGUGCUGGAGCUAACAGCAGUUGCCUGACUGCCAAAGGACUGGAUAUCAGUUUAGCUGCUCUGCAGAGACAGGACCCAUACAUCAAUAACAUCGUGGAUGUGGCUUGCCAAGUCGCUCUCUAUACUUAUAACAACAGGACACAUGAGUGGGAGAAGACUGAGGUGGAAGGCACACUUUUUAUCUACACAAGACUAGCGUCUCCCCGCCAUGGCUUCACGAUUAAGAACAGACUCAGCAUGGAGAACCUGACAGAGCCAAUCACCAAAGACUUGGACUUUCAACUCCAGGACCCCUUUCUGCUCUACCGCAACGCUCGGUUGGCUAUCCACGGGAUUUGGUUCUAUGAUAAGGAAGACUGUCACCGCAUUGCACAGAUGAUGAAGAUUCUGACGCAGCAGGAGCAGGCCGUGGCUCAGUCGCAGGGCGGUUGGUUGUCUCCAGACGGAGGUGGAGGAGGCAGGGGAGGCGACGCGAAGGCGGUCGACAUCAUCCAGAUGCUGACCAAAGCGCGCAGUGAAUACGACAAGGAAAAAUCUACAUCAGAGCCAAAGGAGAUUGGCGGCAGCAGUGUUCUGUUUGGAAACCCUAACCUGAUCAAGCCAAUACCUGUUAAACCCAACACUCAGGAUGGUGAAGGUGCUGAGCCCAAACCUCUCUCCCUGGCUACUCUGUUUGGCACUCAACCUCAACACCCGUUCCAACCUGAUCCUGUGUCUCCUUUGGCCAGCUCCGGGACCGGAUCGUCAUCUGGAAGAGUCGCUCGCCCUCACGUAGCUCGAACCCUGACGUAUGGAGACGCAGUUUGCAAAAAUGUCACGUCAGCGGGAGGGAACAUCGCCCACGCCGCGUGUUCAGCUGUAGGAGUGAGGUCUGUAAUUGGGGGGCAAACCGUGCAGGAAGACGGCAGAGUCACGGGGCCAAAGGUAGUUCAGGGUUCUGACGCAGGCGUGCUGACGAGUCCCACCUCCACCGGGAACAAGCAACAGCACAGCCUGGUCAUCCAGAAGCUCGUUCAGGGACAGAGAGGAGUUGGAGGGGUGCUUCAGACCGUGUCCGAGUCCCCCGAGAACAGACUGUGUGACAACGGGGUGCCGCUAGAGCAUCACCACCAUCAUCAUCAUCUACAACAACAACAGCAAGUCCAAGCUGACCCACUCAAGAGACUUUUCCAGAUUCAGCCACCUCCUCCUCCUCCUCCCACCACCUCCAUAACAAGCCUCCCACCACCUCCUUAUUGCCCCAACCAUCCAGCACUGCACCAGGCCCCCCUUGUCUCUUCCCCACCCUCGAUGGACUUUGUCUCACUGUCACAGUCUCAACCGCAAACCAGCCAGACGCUGUUUUUCAACCUCUCCAAGCCCAGACUCCAGCACAGCAGUCAGUCAACAGCAGGUUUGCUGCCUUCUCAGGUGCUUAAUGGCCAAGGUCUUCAACUUUCUCAAGGUCCAUCUUCACACAUGUCAGGCGUCGUGUCCCCUCACGAACUUCUCCAUAAACUCCAACUUGUCCAGCAAAAACAAAGUUGGACUUCCCAUGAUCCUCCUCGACACUGCCCGGCACUGGCACCGCGAUUCUUCAGUCCUGUCCAAAGUCAGGGGACGCUUCCUGAUGUAGGUCCGGGCCCAAACCAAACUGCAGUCACCACAGCUCAAAAAUCUGUGCUACAGUUUCAGGUGAAUUCACCCCAGACGAUACCUGCCACUGUGGCCCCCACACUGCUCCUCUCCCCCAGUGUCUUCACUCAGGCAAAGUCGAGCAGCGGACUGCCAGCAGUUACCCAGGACAGCUGCCUGACCGCCUCAACUCUCCCCAGACCUCCAUCGGAGGGGGAACUCAGAGUUCUGUCCAGAAACCAGCUCCAAGCGACGCUGCUGCAUCUCAUUCAGACCGACGGUUCCUUCUUGGACACCAUCUACGAAGCCUUCGUCCGGCAGCUUGCAGUCAACUCCACCUCCAAGUACUGAGACCCGCUGUCUGUGCGUGCAAACACACAUACUAGCAAGGGGAUGCCAGAUAAACAUGACCACAGAAAUCAGCAAGUUGCUCUCACGUCAUCCUGAACUCCCCAAAUAAAAAUGCUCAUAUACGAGUAUUGUAAUUCUGCAGGGUUAAAAUUAAUCACAGCAGUGGUUUUUGAUAUCUUAAAGAAAUAAGUGUAUAAAGAAAACUUUUCACUGUGUAUUUCUGUGUAGUCCCCUCUCUCAAACUAAGGACCACUAAUGUCAUUUAACUAAACGUGGUUCUCCUGACACUUUUUACCUUACCUGGAUUUAAGGGAAAACGCACCCCAUCC